ACGUGCAAGAGAGACAGAGAGAGGGGAGAGGAGAGAGUCACAGAGGACACAGUGACACGAGCAAGUCUAGUCUAAAGAGAUCCACCUGACGGAUGCACUUAUUAACUUUGGGUAGAAUAGACAGAACGUUAAAGUGAAGCCUGGGUAUCUGACAGACAAAACAAGACACACGCAUUGAAUAUAGUAGUGGUUAUAGGUCCCUGCCUUCCAGUGUCUCCAAAUCUGGGUGAACUUGUGUCCAUCAUGUCUUUUGCAAUGCUUCGCCAUGCACCCCCUGCCCGCUUCCUGUACCCCGAAAUCAGCAUGCUCUCAGAUGAUGAGGACAGCAGCAGUGACAGCUCAGGAUGUGGUGAUAAAUCGUUUCAUCAUCCUGGCAGACCUGGCAAAAGGGGAGAAAAGAAGUGUCCACGACUGCAGCGUGAGCCUAGACAGCGCCACACCGCCAACGCACGCGAGAGAGACCGCACCAACAGCGUUAAUAAUGCCUUCACAGCGCUACGUACACUUAUACCGACUGAGCCAGCAGAUCGCAAACUUUCCAAAAUCGAGACGCUGAGAUUGGCAUCCAGUUACAUAUCGCAUUUGGGCAACGUACUUCUUCUGGGCGACACAUGCGGAGAUGGGCAGCCAUGCCAUACCAGCACGCCCUACUACCAUCAUCCCACUACUGCCAGCCCCAAGCACAGGGAGACCGAGCAGGGUCAACCCAAACAGAUCUGCACCUUCUGUCUCAGCAACCAGAGAAAGAUGGGCAAAGAUCGGGAAAGGAAAACUACAAUCAGAACAUAGGGGCAACUAUCAGAGGAAUUGAAAGCCCCUCAGGGAGUACCUCUCAAAACUCAGGCCAAAGAACGAUUUAUCAGAACUCCAACUCCUGCUGUGGAUCAGACUUUCCAGCCGACCGGAGAGCACAAGGAGAGAGGGAGAGUAUCAUUUUGCUGCAACGCACAGGAAUUGUGGUCUUACGGGCCCCAGCCUGAGAGAGGGUGAGCAGAAUACGGCCCCCUCUUACUGAAGGACAAGAGCGGGGGACAGGGACAAGAGCAUGCACGGCCGUGGCAAGCAAGCUAACCUGUGCACAAUGAGAAGACAGAGUCUCUGUAUGGAAAGAC